AAGUGUCUUCAAAGCCACAUGAAAAUGGUUUCAUUUAAAGGAUAGUUACAGACAGUUAAAAAUAUCAACAUACUUGACUAUUUUGAUUCGUUGACAAAACUAAAUUGAUACAAGGACUGUCUGCAAGGAUGCUACGUUCUUCAAAUUUGACUCUGUUGAAGGGUGUUUUAUACUUGGGAAGAUCUCUCGAUGGUAUGUCGAUACCAUGAGUAUGACUCUCAAAGGAAAGUUCUGUGCAUGUAUUCGUUUUAAUCGAGAUUAAUCAAAGACUGAAUGCCUCCAUCCCAGCAAAGCAAGGGAUUAUCCUGGAUAAAAAAUAUUUGCCAACCUCGAGAAACACAACAUUCACAAGUCAUCACUACAUUCAAGAACAGCAGCUAGAAGAAAACAAGUUGAAAGUAUUAAUGAGCCCAACUCCUUUGAUAUUGAAGCAGUGUUUUAUUGACACCCGGAAUCCCUGAAGAGCGAAAGAAAUCAGUCGGAAUAGUUUGUUGUGUGCAGAAAAAGGGAUGAUGCUUAGGGAAGCCUUGUGUUUUUCAUAUCUCUUUUGACAUUGAGGAAUAGAACUGGGACCAUCAGUAAAAGAUCAGUUGAUGGUCAUAGACUUCUGUAAAGAAGAAUGCAUCAGGAAACAUAUGGAUUAUAAUGGCGUUUCUGUGACUGCACUGUCAUGAGAUAAUGGUAGGGCUAACAUAUCGAUCUUAGGAAUAUUCGAUUAUCUGCAAUUUCAUACUAUGAUUAGUUGAAAAUGGAUUAGGUCAAGUUCAGUGAGUUUCACGAUGAUAACAGCAAGCAAGGGACAAAGUCGUACAUACGGAUGAGAUCAGUCACCGAGGAUAUUUAGAGGCGAGAAGAUAUUUUAAGCCUGAGCAAUGCUAACGAUCCACUGGGAUGAUUCUACUGUUGGUACCAUAUUUCAGAUAGUAAACGCUUGGAAUGCAAUGUCCUCUUAGAGAAAGCUACAAGUAGGCCCUCAAAUGUUUCUGAACCUCAGAUGAUGAUAUAUUGAUACAAUUGGAUACUGGUACCAUAUUGGCUUGGCACUCCAUGGCCGCUAAACCGCCAUGGUUAUGCUACCACUGAACUUCUCGGAUAACAUCACAGAUUGGAAUACCACACUGAACGAUUUGGAGUCAUCCCCAUUGAAAUGGGGAAUGUUGUCGCUAAUCGGAUUUAUCUUUUUAACUGCAACUGGGAAUAUCUUGGUAUGCUUGGCUGUCUGCUGGGAAAGACGAUUGCAAAAUAUGACAAAUUACUUUCUGAUGUCUUUGGCAAUUGCGGAUUUACUUGUUGCGAUUCUUGUGAUGCCUUUCGGAAUGAUAGUGGAGAUUUUUAGCGGUUACUUCCCCCUUGGUGCAAGCCUCUGCACGCUAUGGGUCACAUUCGAUGUCGGUCUGUGCACAGCUUCCAUCUGGCACAUGUGCACAAUGUCCAUGGAUCGAUUCUUCACGCUGAAAUACCCAAUGAAAUACGGCCGCAACAAAACCAAGACUAUGGUGCUGCUCAAAAUCACAUUUGUGUGGAUCAUGUCGAUUGCCAUCUGUAGUCCGGUGUGUUUCUCGGGCUUUCUAGAUAACAGUACUGUUUUCAAUGAUGGGUUCUGUGCUCCAACCAUGAGCAACUUCAUCAUAUACGGCUCAGUUUUUGCCUUUUAUGUUCCUCUAAUGAUCAUGGUUGUGACUUAUGUAUUGACAUUGCAGAUUUUAAGGAAUAAUUCAAAAUUUAUGAGAAAAAUGGAAAAAAGUAGAAAAACUGUCAUGCGAAAACAUAUAGCAGGAUAUAACAAUAAUAAAAACAGAAAUUUCUUAACACCGAAUGGCUAUGGUAAUGGCUAUGAUAAUGAAGUCAGCAAUGAAAGUGCAUUAGUGAGCAGGGAUGUAACUGACAAUAGCUUUUCCGGUGAGCUCUUGAGCGACACAAAGUUAUCUAGUGAUUUUACAGGCUACACGACAAUUCAGCCCAUAGACAAACUAAAAAAUAAGCCCUCACCUAUUCCGAUACUGCCGCUGCCUGUUCUGCAGGAUGAAAGUGAGACAGCCCAGUCACCACCCUGGGAACCCACCACACCACUCUGUGAGGCCGCCAGUCCAAUCUUUCGUAAGAAAGACCGCCUAGAUAGCAUAACAAGCGGAAUUUCAGGGAGAAGUUGCGGCUCUGGACGAUCUAAAAGUUUUCUUUCACUUCCAGUCGGCUCAAGGCAUAACCUAUCGACAAGUGUUGAGAGCUUGGUCAGCAUCCACGGCCCGGGGAUAAUACUUGAGAGACCUGAAGUCCAAGAUAAACUCAGCCAGAUUGAGAUCGAAAUGGAGACAUAUUUAACAACAGAUGAAAUUAACGAUAACAUUGAAAAUGAAAACAAAUGUGAACAAGAGUUAGCAAAUGAAAAAAGAUUUAAUAGCUGCACUGAUAAUGGAAAUGAAUACAGCUACACUGAUAACGAAAAUGAAAGAUGUGAAUAUUUUGAUAACGAACUCGUCGAAGACAAAUUCGAGUUUUACGAUAGGCCUAAUGAGAGUGGAAAAUGUGCUUAUUUAGAACACGAGAACAAAUUUGAUUUCAUAGAUGCAGACACUGAGAAAUGCAGACCUCUUGAUGAGGAUAACAACGCUAUGGGGUAUAAUCUUACUGACGCAGCGACACAUCAGUAUCCAAGGACGCCUCAGUCGCGAAGGACACCUAGUCCCUGUCCCAGCACCUCAUCAUCAGGUACAAAUACCAAUAGUAGUAUUGAAAAUCCCGAGUGCCAGGCCCUGAAUCCGAGCCCCCGGAGUUUCUACGAUUCUGACAUGCAACCCGGGUCCGUUGAGGACAAUACGGAUGAGGGAAAUGAAACAGAGGAUUUAACGAACUGCGGAGAUCGUUAUACCCCAACAGAUCAUGAACUCCUCACCUUGUCAAUCAAAGCCAAUGGGAUGUACGUCUACAAGGUCAAAUAUUCCAAGUCCUCUAAUCAGAUCAGUGAAUAUAUGGAUGAGGAGGACCCAACCUACUGCUCAAAGCCGCCACACCAAGUGGUAGAGAGCCCAGCGCGUUUGGAGGUCGCUGAUAUCUCAGGAGUUGCAUGUCGGCUGCCAAAGAGCCGUAGUUGUUCAGAGGUUUAUCUCAAAGGUACUGAUGCAGAGUUGAUGCGUGAGAUUACUGAAAGGCGCGCAUCUGCACAAAGAAUGAUGGAGACUAAAUACAAACAAAAUAUAAUCAAACUUCAACGGCCCAACCAUUUCAAACAGAAGAAACGAAAAAAGAUCAUGAGGUCUUUCAUACCGAAACGGACUGCUAACAACGAAAAGAAAGCCUCCAAAGUGCUAGGGAUUAUCUUUGGUGUUUUUGUGAUCCUAUGGACGCCUUUCUUUACUCUCAAUGUGAUGUCUGUAACGUGUGAUGUGUGUAUGACCAAUGUCACUCCCGAGAUCAUGUCCACCGUGUUGUGGUUCGGCUGGAUUGCUUCCCUAGCCAACCCCAUCAUCUACACUAUGUUUAAUACCAGUUUCCGUCAUGCGUUCUAUAAGAUUCUGAUGUGCAAGUAUAAAAAACAGCGACGGGUAACUCAGACCCCAGAGAGUCACUUCUUGACCAGCCCCUCUAACUGGAUAAACAGUGAUACUAGGAGGAACACCGUCACAAUGCAACUCAACUAAGGGCAGUAGGCCUAUUGGGGGGG